AUGGCGGUAUUUGAGGGGUAUAUUAAGCGAAUUUGGGGUCAUCUUGGGAUUGCGCAGAUAGCUCGUAUGACCAUGGGAUUAACAAUGGUGAAAUUCAAUGAUGAGGCGACUAGAGAUCUCGUUUUGGAGACUAGUGUUCUUCAAUUUGAUAGAAAACCAGUUAUAGUCAGACCCUGGUCAUCAGAUCUUGAUGCGGUGAAGCUAAUCCGUUCUAUUCCGUUAUGGAUUCGACUUCACGAUUUAGGUCUUCAAUACUGGGGGAACAAAUGCCUAAGUGCAUUGGUUAGUACUGUUGGGAAGCCUAUUAUGGUGGACCAGCAUACUAGGGAUCGUACCAGGGUUCAAUUUGCUCGGGUUUUGGUUGAGAUGGAUAUCACGGAUGCACCACCAAGAGUGAUUCAAUUUCUUAAUGAAAAUGGUCAGUUGGUAGAGCAGGGGAUAGAUUAUGAAUGGUUGCUAGUGAAAUGUAAAACGUGUUUGGGUUAUGGCCACAUCAUGGCAGACUGUAGGAAAAGGGAAGUUGAGAAGAAAGUGAGGAAUAUAGAGAGGAAGGAUCCUGUGACUAAACCAGAGGAACUCACACAGAAUCCUCCCAUUUCAGUUCCUGUUUCCUCUAAGUUGAAACCAUCUGGUUCAGGUAAGAAAGAUGAUCACUCGCUGAUUAAUGCUGAUUGGAAAACUCCUAGAAGAGCUGCUGGGUCAAGAAUGAAGGACCCUGUUCCAGGUUCUACUACAGAUCAUGACCAAGAAGUUGGGCAUAAGUCUGUGAAUAAGUUCAGUAUUUUGCAGGAAGAGGAGGGAUAUGUGGAAGAGGAGGUAGAGUGUAAAGAGACAAAGGGUCCUAGUUUAACUUCUACUUAA